AUGACAAAAAAACACACAUUCAGUGGGGCCUUACCAACUUCUCUGUACCUAGUUUAUAUUUUCCUCCAAUUCAAAACGGCCUUGUCAGCUGUUGAAAAGGAACCAAUUCUCCCCCUGUGGGGAAAGAUUGCUGACCAGGCUGAUGAGAUUGGAGCAGAAGUCUUAGAAAGGAUGAUACUGUCCUACCCUCAGACAAAGCUCUACUUCAAGGAUCUUGACCUGAGCCAUGGUUCACAGGAUCUCCGCACUAUUGGUGGACAAAUUAUGAAUGCCAUUGCAAAUGCUGCUGGUCACUUGCAUGACCUUAGCGGCACACAGUCUGCCCUUGAUCACCUCCAUUCAUUUGAAUUGAUGGCUAAUCCUGGCAAUCUCUGGCUCCUGUCUCACUCCAUCCAGGUCACUCUGUCUGCUCACUUUGGAGCUGAAUUCACUCCCAAUUCCCAUGCAGCCUGUAACAAGUUUCUCUUUGCAGUUUCCUCUGCUCUGAUUUCUAAAUACCAAUAA